AACCGCCUCAAAGUGGUUCCUCUACUUCUUAAUGUCGAUGCGGCGGUACUAUACGCCCGAACCGCAGCUUUCAUUGAAAUAGUUGAGUUUCAUAAGUGACCAGUUGUGCUCCGGUGAUCAACAUCUUUAGUACUACCUAACGCCAACAACCUACUUGUUUUGUGUUUGUUUUGUAUUCGGAUUGAAACAGACCAAGUAGCACAAUGUCCAAGGAAACUGACAGAAUAGGUGAAGUGUUUCGAAAUAAAACAGUUUUCAUAUCGGGAGGCACGGGAUUUUUAGGGAAACUCUUAAUAGAGAAGUUAUUGAGAGUGACCAAAGUAAAGAAGUUAUAUUUACUCGUCAGGCAGAAGAAAGGCAAAUCAUCGUUUGAAAGACUGAACGACAUAUUUAAUCACGUCAUUUUUUCGAAACUAAAAUCAGAGAAUCCGGACAGUGUUAAAAAGUGUCAAAUUAUAGUGGGCGAUGUGAUUCAGGAAAACCUAGGAAUAAGCGAAGGAGAUCGAGAGCUACUUCAAAACGAAGUAAACUUCAUUUUUCAUUCGGCCGCCACUACCAGGUUCGACGAUACACUUAAGGAUGCCGUUAUCAUGAACACCAGAGGUACUAAAUAUAUGUUGGAUCUUGCCAAGGGAUGUAAACACCUCGAACUAUUUAUCCACGUGUCUACUGCGUACGCCUUUCCGCAUGAAAAGAUACUUUACGAAAAACCCUAUCCACCUCCGGCUAAUCCCAACGAAGUAUUAAAUGGUUUAAGUUGGAUCAGUGAUGACGCACUAGAAGGAUUUUCAAAAAAAAUACUUGGAAAUUGCCCAAAUACCUACACAUUUUCCAAAGCCCUUGCUGAGGACCUAGUCAAUCAAGAAGUAGGAAAAAUGCCAGUAAUAAUAAUACGCCCAGCUGUAGUUAUACCAACAUUGGAUGAUCCUAUCCCUGGUUUCUUCAACAAUCUCACCAGCCCAAUGGGUAUAUUCAUUGGAGCAGGAAAAGGAGUUAUUAGAACGAUGUAUCUGGACAGCAAAUCUUUUGCCAAUCUGGUACCUGCAGACUCUACAAUAAACGGUACUCUGAUAUCCAUCUGGGACUACUUAACAACAAAAAAACAAUAUGUAUUUAAUCUGUGCGUACCUUUGGAGGAUAUAAAACUAAACUGGGAAGAAAUAGUAGAACUAGGGAAAGACGUAAUUUAUAACAGGAUACCGUUCAAUGGUAUUCUGUGGUAUCCAGGUGGAUCGAUGACAAAAAGCAAAGCGUGGCACUAUUUCAAUUUCGUACUGUUUCAAAUAAUUCCUGCAUUUUUUAUUGAUGGCUUAUUGCUUUGCUUAGGAUACCCACCAGUACUGCUCAAAGUAAACAACAGACUGCACAAAGGACAGGAAAUGUUCGAGUAUUAUACGACAAGGGCAUGGUACUUUAAAACAGAUUACCUAGUUCAUAUGAGAAAAAAAUUAAAUAGCACAGAGAAAAAGUUGUAUAAAGUUGACGCUGAAGGUUUAGUAAUUAAAGACUAUUUAGAAAAGUGCAUGUUGUACGCUAGACGCCAUAUGUUUAAAGAAACAGACGACAUGAUACCCACAGCCAAAAGAAAUAUGAAAAUAUUAUUUGUUGUCGACAGGAUAAUCAAGAUAGCUUUCUUCGCUUUAGUAUUUUCUUACCUGUACAAAUUAAUAUUUGGAACUAAAGUAUAAUAGAUGAGAACAACCGUUACUUAGGUUUUUGCCCUUGAUGUUUUUCUUGAAACAGAAAACAGUGUGUGAUUAUUUUUAUACCAAUAGUUGUUGAAUGUGGGGGACUGGGAUUGACAAAGUUCUUUGUUAUACGUUUUAUGUGUAAUAAAUAUCUUGUUUUAUAUUUUUAUAAAUAUUUUAAUAAACAUAUAGAUAUAAAUAUA